UCAUGGUUCACGCUGGCAUAGCUCAGUCGUGCCGACCGCAUCGUUCCUCAGAAGUCAACGAAAUAAUGGUGCAAUAAAUCGCUGUAAACAAACUUAUCCAGGCUGUUUGGACGAUAUUUUGGCACAUACAACAGAAAUGUACUAUCCCUUAGCACUGUUAGUGCUGCUGGCAAGCGCUGCUGGUGAUGGGAAUUUUAGGUUUACAAACACGCAUAUUCAAGUAGAAGAAGCACCAUUUACCCAAGCAGUUUUUGGCAUUUCCCGGACAGGGGCAACAACAGGCACUGUGGAUGUUACUUGCAAGAUGAAUGCCUCUGCUCAAGAUGCAGAUGUGAUUGGCACUUCACAAAACAUACAAUUCCAAGCAAAUGACACCUCUGGGGAGUGUAAAUUUACCAUAACAGAUGACGAAAUCCCGGAAGCCAAUGAAACAUUUGCUAUAGAACUGAUUGUGACAGGAUCUGGAAUUGUGGUAUCACCCUCAGUGGCAUAUCUAACAAUACUAGCCAAUGAUGACGCAUUUGGUAUCAUUGGUUUUAACGAGACUGGACCACUUGUGGUGGAUGAACUUACAGGUCAAGCUAAUGCAAGAAACAUCAAGCUUACUCGUAAGGCUGGCCUGAUUGGUAUGGUGCAAGUAUCUUGGAAGGUUGCAAGUGGACCAAACAAUGGAUUAGAUGACUUCAUCAGUAACAGUGGGGUGGUUGCCUUCUCAGAUGGACAGAACAUGGCAAAUCUUGCCAUUGAGGUGAAGCCAGAUAAUGUAGCAGAAAAUGAAGAAUCAUUCACUUUGACUCUGGAAUCUGCAAGUGGAGGAGCUACAGUGGAGCCAAGUGCAAAGCAAAUUAUUGUCAAAAUACCUGCCAAUGAUGCUCCGCUAGAGUUUCCACUUGAUGACCUUACAGUUCCUGAGAAUCAAACCUCUGUUGAGGUUGAAGUUUCCAGGGGACUUGGCACUGAUGGUGUCACUGAAAUUGGGCCUGUCAAUGAGAUCACAACUGUAGACUGGUUUCUUGCUGCAGGUUCUGCCAUUGCAGGAGAGGAUUAUCAUGAUGAUAAGGGCACAUUAACUUUUCAAGCUGGUGAAACAAAAAAGAUGAUCACUGUUCGAUUGAUUAAUGACAAAGUACCAGAACAAGCGGAGAAUUUUACAGUUCAUUUGGUAAAUGCAAGUCAAAAUGCUUACAUUAAGCCACCUGGUAUGGCUACUGUGGUUCUCUCGCCAAAUGAUGAUCAGCAUGGAAUCAUCGCAUUUGGUCAAUAUCCGGGCAUUUUAGAUGAAGAUACUGGUGUAAGGACUGGUACAUUUAAUGUGAAUCGCAGUGCUGGUACUUUCGGUGAUGUCGCAGUUUCUUGGAAAAUCCUCAGCAGUGAUGCAAGCUCUGUUUUUGAGACAACAUCUGGAGAGUUAAGGUUCUCCCCUGGAGACAAUCUUUUGUCAUUCCAAGUCACUGUCCGCCCAGACUCUAUCCCAGAAGAGAGUAAAGAGUAUACUAUACAGCUUUAUAAUGUUACAGGAGGUGCAAGGCUUGAUAACACUCUGUCAGCGCAAAGGGCUAAUUUCUUUGUUCGUGAUAGUGACAAUGUUUAUGGAGUCUUUGAAUUUGCAGCAGACAGUGAGCAGAGAAUAAACAUGGAUAGUGCUCCCCGUAAACUACACCUGAACAUCACAAGGAUGGGUGGAUUGGUUGGUGAUGUUACAGUUAACCUUACUGUUGUCUACAUCCUGCCUGGCACCCAUAGCCCUUCAAAUGAAGUUGGUCUUACUUAUCCACCCGCAGUCUCAAUAGCUGCUGGCUCAAGUAGCAUUUCUAUGGCAGUGGAGGUUGCAGAUGAUGGAUUCAUCAAACUUGGGGCUUCUUUUAAGGCUGAACUGACUGCUGUCAGUUUACAGGGAGGAGCAUCUGGUUUAGUAAACUCAGUGACACCCUCAUCACCAAAGAUUGGAAAUAGAUCUAUUGCAUUCCUAAACGUAACAGCCCAGGAUGCCAAUGGGGAAAUUGGAUUUUCCACAGCACACCAGUCUGUUUCUGUUCAGGAGCCAGUUGGUCCUUCUUCUUUGUUUAUGCAGCUGCCGGUGAGACGGACAGGAACUGCAGACAGGGUCAUUGUACACUGGAACAUCACAAGUGAUAGCGCCACAUUUUAUGCCAAUGACACUGGUCCACAGAGAGGGGAAGUUGUGUUUGAAGAAGGUCAUGAUGAGGUAAACAUUACCAUUGAAAUAAAACCAGAUAAUACUCCUGAAGUUGCUGAAGUCUUCACUGUCAACCUUGUCAAUGUGUCGGACCUAGACAGACUUCAAAUUGGAGCUAGCAGUGCACAGGUGACCAUUGAAGAGAGUGAUAAUCCUGGAGGAACAUUUCAAUUCAAAAGUGACACAGCAAUUUCUAUACAGGAGGGCCAGUCCUUUAAUGUUGUUAUCGAGCGGCUAGGUAGUGCAUUGGACACCCGCUGGGUAGCCUUUAGAAUGACUCCAUCUGGAGCCAAUGAAUUUUAUGGCAGUGUGAGUUCUGAAAAAUUCCUUCCUGGUGAACGACAAAGGACAGUUUUAGUGAUUGCCAUAAAUGAUGAUGUUCCAGAGAUUGAUGAGACAUUCACAAUGAAGCUUUACAGUGAAGGGCCUACAGGACAGAAGGGAGUUCUUGGAGACCAGAUAUCAGUCAAUGUUACUAUUGUUGAAAAUGAUGAUCCAUAUGGAGUGGUUGGAUUUAAGUCUCCGAAUAUCAUCAAAACAAUCGAUGAAUCCAAGCUCAACACAGAAAGUGCCAGCUUUGAGGUUUUCCGUGACAAAGGAACCUUUGGUACUGUGUCUGUUUUCUGGAAUAUCACUGCUGAUAAUGGUGCAGAUCCAUCUCUAGAUGUCUCUCCAGUAUCUGGCAUGGUUACCUUCUCAGCUGGGGAUAGCUCUAAGUUCAUAAUCAUUCGCUCUCUGCAAGAUACUAUUCCUGAAGGAAACAAAUCAUUCACAGUCCACCUGAACAACAUCUCAAGCAUCGCAAAGUUAGCUGUUCAGCAGUUGCGUGAAGCUACCCUUAUCAUAACCAAGAAUGACGACCCAGUGUAUUUUGCUCUACCUGUGUCAAUACAAGUGAAAGAGGGGCAUUAUGCCAAUUUCACCAUCCAACGUGGAGGCGACGGUAGCAAUGUUGUUGAUGUUUUCUAUAAAACAGAGGAUGGUACUGCAAAAUCCUCCUCUGGUGACUACCAGGCCAAGUCAGGAAAAGUGACCUUUAAUGUCGGAGAGUUCCAAAAGAGCAUUUCUGUGUUGGUGCUCAAUGAUAGCUCCCCAGAGGGAGUGGAAACAUUUAAAGUCAUUCUCACAAAUUCAACUGGAGACACCGUGCUCUAUAAUGAAACUACUGCUACUGUGUCCAUUUUGGCUAGUGACAAAGGAACAGGGGAAUUCCAGUUUGCUUCCAAUUCACUAAACAAGACAACAGAGGAGGGUGCCACUGUAGAAUUUACUGUUGAAAGAAAAUUUGCUCAGUUUGGCGAGGUCAGGGUUUACUGGCAAGUUGUGCGUAAAUUUCCCAAUGGUAGUGUUACACAACUGUCACCAGGCCAAGAGUUUACAAAUGUUGCUGACUUUGUUACAUUCACCAAUGGCUUAUCAUCUGAGUCUAUAACACUGACACCAGUCCAAGAUGGUAUUGCUGAGCUAGAUGAAUCAUUUGAACUUCAUCUCAUAAAUGCAACAGGAAUCCAAACGGGUCUGGAUGGGAUCAUUAGCAGCCCAUCAAGAGCUUUUCUAACAAUUACUGCCAAUGAUGAUCCAAAUGGACUGUUGAAGUUUGCCGAAAGGUCAGUUGACAUUCCAGAAGACUUCAAACCUGGGAUGGAAGCUACUACUACCAAAAAUUUGACAGUGUUAAGGGAUCAAGGCUCGUGGGGUACUAUCAGGGUUGCUUGGGAAGUUCAGACAGCUGCAGCAUCAUUAGCCAGAUCAGAUAAUGCUUAUGAUUUGUUCCUUCUUGGCUCAGUGAUGUCAGGAGUUAAGAGUGUGCCUGCUCAGCGGAGGCCAAACACUGAGACUUAUGUGUUUUGUUUUGAUGGAACUAAUAAUGAAUCAUUUGUUGAGGUUGCUGGUUUAACAGGUCUGGAAUCCAAAUUUAGUGUGAGACUAUGGGUGAAUGCUACCAAAGGGAAGUAUGGUUAUCUGAUAGCCAACGUGGCUGGGAAUGUAGUGAACUUUGCUUUGGCACUUAACACAUCUGGGUCUUCCACAAUGGCACACUUCUUUUACUCAUCAAACAAGACUGAGGUAAAUUUUGGCAAGGACAUAGCUGACAACAGCUGGCAUUUUGUGGUUUUUACUGUCGAUCCUACAGGUAACAAUGAAGUUCAAUUUUACUUGGAUGGAGAUCCAGCUGGCAAUCCAUGGCCCAUCCCCUCAGGAUCAUUUAGCCCUAGUGGAGUGUACCAUGUAGGAAAAGGACAGAUGUCAGAGGCACAGUUUACAGGAUGCAUUCAGGACAUUACAGUAUAUCCUGAAGUAUUGGUUGCAGAUUCAGUCAAGGAAAUGGCCAAGCCUAACAAGGAGCUCACACCAAUCAAUGGCUAUUUAACAUUUGAACCUGAGGUCACACAAAGAAAGAUAGAGAUAAGCGCAGUUGAUGAUGACACCCCAGAGGAUGACACACCAUAUACUUUAGUGCUGUACAGUCCCAUGGGAGGUGCUAGAUUGGACACUACCUCGGCUGAGUUUAAAAUGAGACUUGAAGUCCUGAAGAGUGACAAUGCCAAUGGACUGUUUGGCUUGAAGUCAGUUAGUCCAAUAGUACAGAAGGAGUCCAACAAUGUCACUGUGACUAUUGAACGAUCAAAGGGUCUGUUUGGAUCAGCGACUGUCUCCUGGAGCGUGUUUAAGGUCUCGACCUCUGUACUGGCUUCAGAUGAUUUCAUAAUGGCCAGUGGUAGUGUAGACUUUGCAGAAAAUGAAAAUGAGAAGGUUGUAACAAUUCCAGUGAAUGAUGACUCAUUGCCUGAAGUAGCUGAAUACUUUACUCUAAAUCUAACAUCAGUUUCACCAAUGGAUGGUAGUACUGCCACAAGUGCUGCCAGCCUGAAACCUGGCUUUACAGAAGUGAACAUCACUAUUGAAGAGAGUGACUAUCCCAAUGGAUUGCUGCAGUUCAUGUCAAAUGUACCAGCUGCAAAUGAAACAAUCUCACCAUCAUCCUCCCAGUUUAAAAUUGACACCAGGGAAAGUGCGCAGACACUCACACUCCAUGUGAUCAGGGCACAAGGAACACUAGGGAGUGUGAAGUGCCAGUGGAAGACUGUUGCAGGCACAGCCAAGUCACCAGAGGAUUUUAUUGAUAGUACAGGCGCUGUAGAGUUUGCAUCUGGUUCUCGCAAUAGCACAAUUAACAUCAAAAUCAUUGAUAACAACAUCUCAGAGCGUGAGAAGACAUUCACAGUGGACCUUUUUAAUGCUGAGGGUGGAGCCGAAUUAAAUCCCGCCGCAAAGACAGCGAACGUAACAAUUCUUCCAAGUGAUGAUGCCUUUGGUAUCAUCAGCUUUGCCCCAGACUCUCUCAGUCGUGUUGUUAGUGAAGGGAGUGGCAGUACUGUGCAAUUGACAGUCCGAAGAACACGUGGUUUGUUAGGUCCUUCAAAUGUCUACUGGCAAGUGUCAGGACCAGGUGCCCACGAUGUGGAGAACACAGAUGGCUUUGUUUUGCUGAGUGAAUUCAGCAACACCACGCAGAUUGCUAUCAGGAUCAAACAAGAUGCUGAUCCCGAGCUUGCAGAGAGCUUUCUGGUUCACCUGAUGAACGUGUCUGCAGGCCGCCUAGCAGAUGAAGGAACACAGUCCAACAUCACCAUUCUAGCUAGUGAUGAUCCGUAUGGCGUAUUUGUAUUUUCUCCUUCUCAACACACAGUCACUGAAAACAACAUGACUGUGAACUUGACGAUAAAACGCAUGUCAGGGAGUCAAGGUGUUGUCAGAGUGAACUACAGUAGCACAGGAGGAAAUGCUUCGCCAAAUGAGGACUAUGUACCCCUCAUGGGAGCUGUUGUGUUUAACGACGGACAGACAAGUGCUACUGUUAGUUUGAUGGUGCUGGAUGACGAUAAACCUGAAGCUGCAGAGUCCAUAAUGGUGAAUUUAACGAAUGUACAGCUGGUUGGAGGCCAUCCAGUGUUUCCUGCACCAGACAAUUCCCCUCGAAUAGGUGCAUCAAGUGUGGUAGAGGUUGUGAUAAACAAGAACGACAAUGCUAAUGGAAUCGUUCAGCUGUCGGCAAGUGCAGUCAGCGUCCAUGAACCACACAGUGGGUCGGUUGUGAAUGUCACAAGAACAGCUGGGGAUUUUGGCACUAUUUAUGUAUCAUUUGAAGUUGUUGCACUGUCCGCCAAUGGCUCAGAUUACAGAAUCCAGUCAACAAACAUCACCUUAGUAGAAAAACAACGAGAGGUCGGAGUUCCUGUAGACAUUGUUCACGACUUGACACCAGAGUUUGACGAGAUCUUUCAAAUUACAUUGACCAGUGUAGCUGGUGGUGCAGAGCUUGGUUCUCAACGGCAGUGUACAGUUACUAUACUGGAAAAUGACUAUCCUUAUGGCUUAAUAGGCUUUGACAAUGCUUCAUUGUCGAAAUCAGUCGUUGAGAGAAGCACACUCAGCCCAGAGACGCUGACAGUAAAACGGCGAUUUGGUCUUCGAGGUGGAUCCCGAAUUCACUGGGAGGCGCGGUUGGAGGGGGUGUUAGCUAAUGACGAUAUUGAACCAGUCGAGGGCGAUCUUGUAUUUGCUCAGGGAGAAGACGCCAAGACAAUAAAUUUUAAUGUUAAACCAGAUGCUACACCUGAGAUUCUAGAAAUAAUCAAGUUCAACCUGACCUCAGUGACAUCUUUGUCAGAGGGGACCCCAUCACUAGAUCAGGCAACUCGAGUUGCCAACGUGCGAAUUGAAGCUAAUGAUGCUCCCCAUGGGGUGGUGGAGUUUGCACAAUCCAGUUACAAUGCCUCUGAGGGAAGUACAACGUACCUGUUGGUCUUACGACAGUUUGGUACAGCAGGCGAUAUCAGAGUAUUCUACAGCACUGUGGAGCAUGUUGGAGGGAAUCAAGCAGCGCCAAACGUAGACUACAAUGCCACAACAAACAGCUCUAUAAUGAUCCCCAGUGGACACGACUCAGCAAACAUCACUAUUUCAAUCCCUGAUGACCUCAACCCUGAACUGGGAGAAGUAUUUGAUGUGAUUUUGGAACAUGUGGAAUUGGUGGGACAGUCAUCGCCUACCCUUCCACCUCAGCUUGGUGGAAACCAGAGGGCUGCAGUGACAAUAGUGACCAGUGACGAUGCACAUGGUUUGAUUGUCAUCAAAGCUGUUGAUCCAGAUCCUGGGAGUCAUGGCAGUCGCAAAACAGUUAAUGAAACUGAAAACUUGUUGGUUCACUUUGCUAUUGAAAGACUCAAAGGUACCAUUGGUCGUGUGACGGUUGAUGUAGAGGUACAACAAAAUGGUGCCACUAUCAACAGUGACUUCAUAGCGAGUGGGUCGACAUUUACAUUUAACGACAAAGACAACAGUAGCAAGAGCUAUUUCAUAAGCAUAAAAAGUGAUGACAUCCCAGAGGCCGACGAGGAGAUUAUCAUCAAGCUGGUCAAUCCAACUGGUGGUGCAACAGUAGCACCAGGUCUGGGAAACAACGUGACUGUCAUCAUCCAAGCAAACGACGGUGUCGCUGGACAAGUUGGAUUUGAUGAACAGUCCAGGUCCCUUGUUGUCAAGGAAGGCAGCCAGGUUUCCUUGACUGUUAACAGAACCCAGUCAGUCGGACGUGUCUCAGUUGACUGGCAUGUGUCCGGGCCAAAUGCUUCAUCAGAUUUUGAUGUCAUUAGUGGUACUGUCACUUUGAAUGAGGGUGAAACAUAUAAAGCCAUAGACCUAACAAUCCGGAAUGACUCCACCCCAGAAACUCAUGAAGUGUUUGUGGUCCAGCUGAGCAACAUUCAAACCUUCGACAUUGCGUCGACUGGCCAAGCCAGCUUCAUUCCAGGAAAAACAACUGCAACGAUUAGUAUCAGUGCUAGUGACAGACCCCAUGGUGUUGUUGAACUUGAAGCUGGAUCACGGUUGGUGUCUCGAGCAGAUGAGAAGAACUUUACUCUGACGGUGUCCAGGCUGUUUGGAAACAUUGGUGCCAUAAGAGUUUAUUUUGAAGCCGUACGUGGCAACAUUACAGCGCUACAAUCCGACCAGGGAUUGGCCUUGCCCGGAGUUGACUUUGUCGCUGGGAAGAGAAGCAUUGUGAUUGGCAACAAUGAAGAUGUUGGCUCCAUUCCUGUUUGGGUCGUAGACGAUGACACUCCAGAGCUCGGUGAAGUGUUUUUAGUGAACAUUACAGGAGUGGAAUUGGUGAAUACGUCACAACUGGGUAACACCAUUCCGCCCAGCUUGGGAACACACCGUGUUUCUCAGAUCACGCUGUUGCCUAAUGAUGAUCCUAAUGGAGUGUUCAGGUUUCAACAGGAAAGGGUGUAUCUCACAGAGUCACCAAAUCCCUACAGCCUUUCCGUGUUACGUGAUAAAGGAACAUUUGGUCAAGUUCAAGUCAACUAUUUCGUAGUGCCAAACUCUGCUGCUCGGGAUGAUUUCAACAUAACAGGUUGGACUGGUCCUGAAGUAACCCUGGUGUUUCCAGAUGGAGUAAGCAAACAAGACAUCACAAUAUACGCGAUAGACGACAGUUUAUCUGAAGGUGAUGAAACUCUUCAAAUUGGCUUAGCUCGAAACUCUCAAGGUACAGCCAUUGGAGCUCCUUCCACACUUGAUGUUGUAAUUCGUGCUAAUGACGAUGCUUAUGGUGUGUUUAAUCUUGCGCCAUCCUCCUUGAGUAAAACAAUCUCGGAGCCCGGCACAGGACCUGUCACUGAGGCAGAGUUUGAGAUUGUUCGAAGCGUUGACUCGUACGGAACUGUGACUGUGUAUUGGGAAGUUCUCAAUGGUUCUGCAUCAGCAGAUUUGUCUCCAGUGAGUGGAAAUGUAACGUUUGCGGAUGGCGACACACAGAAGACGUUUAAAACAAAAGCCUUGCUUGAUUCUACACCAGAAAAGGCAGAAACGUUUGUUAUAAAGCUGAAUAUCUCUGGGAACGGACGAUUAACACAGCCAUAUGAAGCACUGCUGACCAUAACCGAGAAUGACUCACCGUAUGGAGAACUGGAAAUAGUGUCCAGUUCCUCAAUGAGCAGCUCUGUCGACAUAGAAGAGGACCAAGGUAUUGUCAAGGCCAAAGUCAUUCGCAACAAGGGAGACUUCGGAAGAAUAACGCUAGAUUACAAGACAAUGUCGCAAACGGCCAGCUCGACGUCUGGGAAUGUUGUUCACUUUGAUAAGCUACAGCAGUUGAAGACAAUGGGCGCGUACAGUUGGCAUGCAUUUUCUGCUUUUGGUGAUGAAUAUGUUUUGCUUGCUAGUAAUAACAGAACUGGACCUUUACCUUCUGAAGUUGAUGAUGUUGAUAUGGGUGAAUAUUUUGGUUCUGCCUUGUUCCGUUGGCAAGGGGUACUUGUGCCUUUGCAGACCAUUGCUACUGAUGGAGGAGUGGCCUGGGACUCUCUGGUUGUCGGAGACCAAGUUUACCUGGCAGUUGCCAAUCAUGGAAGCAAAGGACGGUACGAGACACACUCCAGAAUCUACACCAUGGACAGCACUGCUAAAUUGACUGUUAUUCAGAACAUUUCUACUCAAGGAGCAUCUGAUGUCAAAUUCUUCCAUCCUCCUGGACUAAGUGAUAUCUAUCUUAUUGUGGCAAACCAGAUUGAUAACGCUGGACAGACGCACAUCAGUUCCCAGGUUUACAAAUGGCAGGGUGGCAAAUUCGUUCUCCAAAAUGCCAACCUCGACAACACACGCAGUGCGUCUAGUCUAGCUGUCUUUGAAAACGCCGGAACUCUAAAAGUCGCCAUAGCUUUCUUCAAUGACACUACAAGUUCACAAAGCUACCAAACGAAAUCACCUAUUUACGAGUGGGAAACGAGUUCAAACACAUUCGUCUUACUGCAAGAAAUUGACACAAAUGGUCCAUUAGGAGUGGAGUACUUUGAACACAAAGGAGGGCAGUACUUAGUGUUUGCUAAUUCCAAGGCGUCAGUGGAAAUAUUCCAGUGGAAUGGAAUCAGGUUCAACAGUGUGCAGCUCCUUCCUACCUCACAUGUUCUGUCAGCGAAACCAUAUGCUGUACUUAACAAUGCUUAUAUGGUUACCGUGGAGAUGAGUGGACAUGUGAACGUUUACAUGUGGGACGAUGCAUCGAAAUUCACUCUUCAAAUGAAUACAACCGUUGAAAACGCCCAGGGUUCCAUCCCCGUAGUUAUCAAUGAUCCAGUGGCUGGUGAAAUGGUUGUGUUUGCUGUGGCAGUGUCUGGGAAUGGACUCUCACCCAUUCUCCACCCGGUCAGCCUGUCAGCUGAAGCUGAUUUCAUCCCCAGGCAAGGACAACUCAUCUUUGAAAACGGGCAGAAAGAAUUGGAACUAGAUUUUACAAUUCUUCCCGACACCACCCCUGAAAGGGAUGAAGCCUUUACCGUACGCAUUUACAACGCCUCGGGAAAAGCCGUUGUCAACAGUCAAAAACAAGACCUGACUAUCAACAUUCUGUCCAACGACGAUGCACAUGGCAGAAUAGGCUUUGCGUCGAGCUCCCUAACGAAGGUAACCCCGGAAACAGCAGAUGAUUCUACAGUGACAUUUGAGGUAAUAAGGGAGUACGGAAGUCUUGGUCGUGUUGUGGCCCAGUGGAAUGUGACUGGGAAUUUCAGCGACGGAGAUCUGAGUCCGUUGUCUGGAGAGCUUGUGUUUGAGAAUGGGCAGACCAGUCAGAAUAUAUCAAUAACUGUUCACAAGGAUAUGGUGCCUGAGCUGCGUGAAGUUGCUUAUGUCAGACUUCUACGCCUUACAGAAACUGGAUCAUCAGACGUGAAUCGUGGUGCAGCUCUGAACACUGCACGUGUCACAGCCAUGUUGAUUGUCCCAGCUAACGACGACCAAUAUGGAGUGAUCAGCUGGAAAAACACACUUAUCAUAUCACAAGAAGAUGGUCCCAAGAACACUACCUUAUCUGUGUACAUCAUGCGGCAGUUUGGUGUCAUAGGAGACAUUGUGGUUUCUUAUGAAACAGUUCAACUUUCGAGUGUCGCUCACGAUGAUGAACGUGUAGCCAUGCCUGGAGUUGAUUACGUAAGCGUGAGAAGUACUGUAGAAAUCCCAGCCGGACAGAACUUGACGCAGAUAACCUUGGAUGUAACACAUUUCAACAGCACAGUUAUAAAGAAAAUCUUCCAAGUGAAUCUCACAGCUGUGACACUCAAGCAAGGUGACGAGGUCGAUAACUCUCCUCGCAUCGACCCAAAUUCUCGUUUACUGGAAGUCGUGAUUGCACAACCAAACCAAACUGUAGGUGAACUUAACUUUGAUGUCAGUGCUUUGCUAGACCCGGCAACCCAAACCAUCCAGUUAGACGAGGAUGUAGGAAUGCUAAACAUUACAGUCCAGCGAACAGGUAGCAGCUUGUCAGGAGAGGUCGGCUUCCGAUAUAUUGCUCGACCUCUGAGGUCAAGCGUAUAUUCUGCAACAGACCGUGCAGAUUUUUCUCCAAGUGAAGGAAAAGUCGAGUUUGCCUCGGGGGAGAGCCGUGUCACUUUCAAAAUCAACAUAACUGAUGAUGAUGUACCUGAAAUUGAAGAAGGUUUCUACGUUCAAAUGAGUCGUCCCUUGGGAGGUGUUCGGAUUGGUCCAGAGAGCAAGGUCGAUGUGAUUAUCAAACCCAACGAUGAACCUUACGGACGGUUUGGCUUUACAAAGGAAAUAUCUGAGGACAUCAAAACUGUUCAAGAAGGAGCUACUUUACAACUUGAAGUGAAGAGAGAGCGGGGCGCCUUUAGAGAUGUGCACGUGACCUGGAGGCUGACAUGGAGUUCAGGCAUUGUCAAUGCCAGCUCUCAAAUCUCGCCAAUGAAUGGCUCACUCAUGUUUAAACAGGGAGUCACUUCUCAGUUUAUCACGCUGCACGCACUCGAUGACGCAGUGGCAGAAGAGGGUCAAACGUUUACUUGUCAGCUUGUCAGUGCCGACAAUGGCGGGGUACUCGACCCAGCGCUUGACGAAGCUAGAGUUUACAUCCCACCCAAUGACAAAGUGGAAGGAGUUGUGUCAAUUGACCCGUCUACAAGAGCUAUAGUAGCAGGAGAACCAGUACAGGGGCAUGAUGGAGUGUUUGUCAUAAGGUUACUCCGCCGGAUAGGUCAGUCUGGCGACGCGCAGAUCACGUGGUCAAUCACUGUAGGGUCACCCGGUAAUGCACCAAGCCCCAGUAGCACUUUCAACGUUAGUUCCGGUUCAGUGACUAUGCCAGAUAGCGUGGAGACAGUAAUGCUUCCUAUUAUGGUGAAAGACGAUUCAACAGCUGAAGAGCUGGCUGUGUAUUCUUUCUCUUUGCUUGGAGCCAGUGAUACUGUCCUUGAUCCUUCGCAGAGCGCACGCCAAGCGCAAAUCACUGUAGUGGCUAGUGAUGAUCCAUAUGGAAUUAUCGAGUUUCAGUCGGCAUCAAGUCUUAAUGUCAGUGAAGAUGUUGGGUUUGUGAAUCUCACAGUUCUAAGGAAUGGCGGAAGCAUUGGUGAUCUGUUGGUUAAUUAUAGCGUCUCGUCCACCACUGCCACAAAGGGUGUCGACUACGAGUCGUUUGGAAGCGUUCUUAAUUUCGCCGAUAAAGAGGAUCAAAAGACUAUUCCCGUUCUCAUAAAGAAAGACGACACCCCUGAACUCUCCGAGACCAUCGCAGUUGAACUGCUCGCUGUGCAACUUGUUUCUGGUUCGCCCAAAAACUACAGCGUUAUAGAUGGCUUGCCACUAAAUACUCCACCCAGGAUCAGUUCAGAUAAAAACAAGGUCAUGAUUGAAAUUGAGGAAAAUGACGACGCUCGUGGGAUUGUACGUUUUACGGAGAGCUCCAAACUUGUGCGAGAGGAGAGUAGGGUUGCUGUUCUGCAACUCGUUAGAGAAGGGGGUAGCCUCGGAGUUGUUGACGUCGUAUUUUCAGUUCAGAAUGGAACCGCCAUCCUUGGUGAGGAUUUUAGAGAGUCCAGAGGCACCGUUCAAUUCACCAGUGGUCAAACUACUUCAUUUAUAAACAUUACGAUCCUUGACGACAAUGUUCCAGAACAGCGUGACUACUUCACAGUCAGUCUAGAUUCCGUGACAGGUGGUGCUAAGCUAGCGUCGCCUAAAACCGUGACUGUCACCAUAGAAACGAGUGACGAUCCCGGCGGAUUGUUUGGAUUUGUGAACAGGUCUCAGCUGACAAUCGUUAAUCCUAGCUUAUCUGCUGAUCUGAGCUUUGUUAUUCAACGAGAAGGUGGGGCUGAAGGGGAAGUGGAGGUGAGCUGGAAGGUAGUUCGAAUCCACCCUCCGUGUGAUUCUUGUACAUUACCUGAUGACUUCGAAGGGGCCACUGAUGGAUCAAGUGUAUUUCCUAAUGGCGACGUAGGAGCAAAGAGGACUGUAAGACUUCGCGUUAGACCUUUCUUGGGCUUUGACGAACCCGAGGAACGAUUCGUUUUAACAAUUUACAAAGUUUCUGGUAACGGUUCGAUCGACGGUCUUCGAUCCAAUAUCACCAUCACCAUCGCUAAACAUGGCCAUCCUAACGGAGUGUUCAGGUUUCAGAAUACAGCAACUAGAACGUUUGAUGAACCUGCAAGUGGAGUAGAACAACAAGCGUUCACGGUGGAGAGGAAGAAUGGUACCCAGGGAACAGUCAAUGUCAAAUGGGAAAUAACUGAUGUAACAGGUUCUUCUGGGUCACGUGGACUACAGAGCACAUCCGGCACAGUGACUUUCGAUCCUGGUGAAUUUCUGAAAAACAUUUUGGUGGAAAUCAAAGCAGAUGAUGUUCCUGAAUUAGAAGCUGUUUACAUGCUGAGAAUCGUGUCUGUGGAUGGAGGAGCAGAUUUAGAUCCUUCUGCUACUAAUGUCACUUUUAAAAUAAGGACAAAUGACGAUCCUCAUGGCGUUUUCAAGCUUCAACAAGGUUCACAAAAACUUCAAGUCUCUGGAAACAGCCGUCUACUGCAGUUUACGGUGAUGCGAGAGAAAGGAACGUUCGGCGCAGUUGACGUACAGUAUGAGGUGCGCCACUCAGAGUGGUACCCCACAGAAAUGAAAGGAACUGUUACAGUACCUGAUAAACAGAGCCAGGCCUCGGAGAGUAUCGCUUUGACAGCUUUCCUUCAACUGGGCUCCACAUUUACCAUUACACUGACUGGAGUUCGUUACAGCAAUAAUCAAGUUCCAGCUACCUCUAUCCCUCCUAAGCUGUCCAGUAGCUCUCCAAGUGACACUUCUCAGACCACUGUUGUACCAGAGGACGCAGCUAAUGCUUUGUUCAAGUUUGCUGACAACUCUUUGAGACUGACAGUGGAUGCUGACAACUCUGUUUCGUCCAUUACCGUGGUUCGUGAAGGUUUAUUUGGUAGUGCCACAGUGGACAUCAGGUCAGGUUUUCCAACAGGCACCUUUGAUGGAUUUACCGCGGGGAAAAUACUCCCAGAUUCUAACUUGGUGUCAUUUACUGGAUCGACAAAAAACAGGUCCAUUUCUGUUCAGGUAAACCCAGUACUUGUUCCUAACAAAAAGCUAGUUUACUCUGUGUACUUGGCGUCUGCGCACACGACGAAUGACCUCCCUGGUGGUGCAAAUGUCACGACCGAAGCCAGUCGAACAGCAGUUAUUGAGUACAGCGGUGUUGUUGUGGUUGCUCCAGACACUCAACAGCUACAAGCUGUUGAAGAUGGAAAGGUUAAAUGCAAGAUCUUGCGUCAGUUCAGCGUGUUGGGCUCUGUUACAGUACAGUACAUCUUCAGUGGCUCACAGGGAACUGUCAGCAUGGCAGCAGGAGAGUUCAGUAAAGAGUUUGAUGUUGAUGUGAAAAAUAGCAACUCUGAUCCGGAAAAAGAUCGCGUGCUCUUCUUAAACUUAACCUCCGUCACUGGAAGUGGCUCUCCGCGACUGGGCGUGAACAGAACUGCGCGUAUAACAAUCAGAGACAACGACGAUCCUCAGGGUGUCUUUAGUUUUCGCACCACUCGUAUAACGGUCCCGGAAAACGCCACAAGCGGGAAUUCACGCAUGGUGGAGCUGGAAGUUCAGCGUACCAAGGGGACAUUUGGCGAUGUGUCAGUUCUUGUAAGGACUGUUGGGGGUGGAGAGCGUUGGAAUCCGACCCUGCCGUCUUUGAAAAACGCCAUUGCAGCGAAGAAAGGAGAAAAGAACGCGACGAUUGGUACUGAUUAUGUUGAACUCUCAACGAGAGUGACCUUCCCGGCUCAAGACCCUAUACCAUCAGAUGGACAAGUGAAAAAGGUUCAGCUUGAGAUCAAGGAUGAUGACCUGCCUGAACCUGAUGAACAGGUUUUAGUUUACUUGACAGAUGCCAUGGGCGGCGCCAGAGUGGCCACUGAUUCUGAUAGCGGACUCCAGUCUUGGGCAACCAUCACCAUCCAAGGCAAUGAUUUGAUGAGCGGAGAAAUUGGAUUUGUCCCUGGAUCACAGACUGCAACAGUUGACGAAGAUUCAGUCUCCCCGACAGCUGUACUCAAAGUUCAAAGAACGAAAGCUACAUUUGGUGAAGUACAGGUGUCAUGGAAUGUCCGUGAAAGCGAGUUCCAUAGCGAAGUUGUAGAAUCUGAAGGAAGAAUCACGUUUGCCAAUGGAGUACAGCAACAAGAUCUUGUCAUUCGUUUGAAAAAUGAUGUGAAACCCGAACGAGCCGCUCAGUUUCAUGUGGAUUUGACCGGAGUUGUUAGCGGUAACCAAGCACUAAUCAAUUCUCAGUUCCGGUCGGCUCUGAUCAAAGUUGUGGAAAGCGACUUCCCCAAUGGAACCAUCUCCUUUCCCAAAGAUGUCGUUUACACAACUGUGGACAAGACGUCUACCGAAGUUCAACUUAAGGUCGCUAGGGACUAUGGGAAAGACACUGACGUCACAGUUAACUUUGAGACACGUGAUCUAGCUGAGCAGUUUACCUCAAAACCAGGCGUGCAAACCUCACAGGCAUUUGCUGGAGAAGACUACGAAACACCAACUACUACUUCUAUUACCUUUGCUAAAGGAGAAACUUCGCAGACCAUCACCAUCACUUUAACUCCCAGAGAGGCAUCUAUUACAAAGUAUCCAAAAGCGUUUGAGGUCGUUUUACUCAGCGCUACUGGAGGAGCAAAGAUCAUUCAGGAAUUCAACACUUCAUUGGUUACAAUUUCAGACGACAAAGAAACAACAACUUUCCUCAGAUUGCGAGCUUUGGCUUUCCAAACGCCGCUAACUGAUGAUCAGAUUAACAGUAUUCUCUCCGAUCUGUUAACUAACGUUAAGAACCCGUUGGAUGAAGAUCGAUUGAAACUAACAAUGGACACGAUCGAUAUUAUUUUAAAUGACAAGAAGACCCGCCCAAUUCUGGGAGAGAGAAUGUUGCAAGAUACGACCAAACAAACCCUGAUGGACAUCUUCGACGAGUUGUUGGAUCCCAGCAGAGAUGACACCAGGGGUCAAGACAAACUCUCUCAAGUUUUCAGGACGUUUGCAUUUUCUCUGGUCUACGGUCUUCCAUGUUCAGGCAAGCAGGGCUUAUCACUUACGGGAAAACGUGCAACCGUGGAAGGCUUUAGACGGACGCCAACUGACCUUAACGGAUUGCAAAUCAAAUCUGGGAGAGGAAAGGAUUACUUCCAGUAUCCAUCCAAUCUGUAUUCCUCUUCUUCUUCAAACGCGGAGUGUCGCGAUGUUCACUUUAUUGACUAUGCCACUGCUCACUGGUUUGAUAAAUCUGGACAGCUCCCUAUUCUCAAUGACAAGGUGCUCUCCACGUCGUCAAAUGACAACUCGUCGCUUAUCAGCAGUGAUAAGCCUGUUACAUACCGUAUCUAUAGUGACCAAAAGCGAGUGACGCCCAAGGGAGCUGACUGUGUCUACUGGGAUUAUUCCAAGUCAGCUUGGUCCAAAGAGGGCUGCACUAAAAAGAGUGAUGACGGCGACUUUGUAGAGUGCCAAUGUGACCAUCUGACGAAUUUUGCAGCUCAGGGAGAAAGUGAUGAUAGGGCUGGUUAUAACAUCGCUUUCUUUAUCGUUUGCUUUGUGUGUAUGGGUGUGUUUUUCGUGGCCAUAUUCAUUCAUCACGCAUGCUCUGUGGAAAACAUGUUUGCGGCCAAGCUGCUGAUGCAUUUGUUCUUCGCUUGCAUGAUGUCUCAGCUGAUGUUCGUUCUUGGUGCUUAUCUGAGCCCAACACUGGUGGAGGAACAUACCCGUUGCUCCGUGCUCGCAAUGUUUAUUCAUUACUUCUUCCUUUGUCAGUUUUCUUGGAUGUUUAUUCAGGCAUGGAAUCUAUGGCGUAUUUUUGUUCUGAACGAUGAGCACACUGACAGGAAACUUGUUAUGUUCUUUGGUCUAGGAUGGGGGAUGCCUGUUCUGAUCAUUGUGUUGUAUAUUCUCAUAACUCAACUCGCCAUCGAGUGGGAGUUUACAGAAGCUUAUGCUGACGUGCACAGUAAUGGAGACAUGUGCUUCAUACCAAACACGAUCGCCGCACUUUCCAGCGUUGUCGGCCCAGUCCUUCUCUUCCUGAUGGCCGUUGGCCUGGUGUUCACACAGGCUUACCUGGUCACGCCCCAGUGGAAGCACUACGACGAUAUAUUCCGUGGACAUUACAAUAUUCGAGAAAUUCGUUAUAUCAUAGCUCUGUUUGUUCUGAUUACACUAGUGUGGUUGUGUGCUGGGUUUCAUCUGGCCUACGGUAACGAGUGGAUACUCGUUAUAUUUAUGGUCUUUGACGGCAUACUGGCAUUAUACGUGAUGAUCUGGUAUUGCUUGCUGCGGAACCAGUUACGCGGCGUGUUCAAACAGUCUUUCGCCAUCCCAUCUGUAUCACCACCACCUAUUGAGUUGCGUGACGACUUGUUUAGAGACAGUCCGGGUAGUCCUGGGCACUCCAUAUCCAGCCUCAAAAGAUCCGGGAUGAGGAAUUCCCCGGAUGACCCGGUUUAUCUGACGAGAAUUGAAAGACGCGAGGGAUCCAUUGUUGGAUAUCCGAUUGCAAGAGUUGUUACUGACUGGGAUGACCUGGACUAUGGAGCCACGCCAAAAGGCAGCCGUAAAAUGCUCGUGGACAUGGACGACACCGAGAGCCUCGGACGAGUAAAUGAAAUGUACGAAGAUGAAGACUACGAGAACCAGGACUUCGACGAUCUGAUAUUUGCACUGAAAACUGGAGGCCAGUAUGAGCAAUCACGUGACGACGAAAAGAUACCGGAAAUGGAAAUCGACGGACAUGUACAUGAACAUUUUGCACCGAGGAGAAUAUCCAUCGCAGAUACACAUCUAUAACAAACGUUUUAAGUUGGAUAUUCGGUGUAAUCUUUACUUGUAGUGUGCAAUCUUAAAUGCUUACAGUUAGAAUAUGAUAAUUGAAACGGCUACUUGUAAAUUCUACAAGCUUACCUCAUGCUUACUUAAAGAGUGUUGUUUUAAAUGCUGUUACAUCAUUUGUUUUGUUACAUUUUUCUUUUUUUUAAUCCUGAUUUAAAAAGACUUCGGGAACAAAGCUAUGACAUGUAAGUACAUAUAGGCUUACCAGGUAUGGUAUGCUGCUUGUAUCAAGAAUGAUAUUAAUAUUAUAAAAACUGGUAUGAAUCUUUCAACUCUCUCUUGAGGGCUUCACAAGGCAAAAGUAUUGUCAUUACUAAGGAAUGAUGCCUUGUAUUUUUGAUGACUUCAGUGUUUUAUAUAGUUGUAGAUAGUCUUAUAAUUUCUUUUUGUAAACUUUUUUUUUAUUUGAAAGUUUGUUUGUAAACUAAGCUGACCAAAACAGUGAUUACUAGAACAAUUUCCGAAUUCAAAUAAGUGUUUUUUUUUAAAAAUUUUUUAUCUUUGAAAAAAUUAGUGUUUUGCAAUCUUGUAGAAUCUUUAUGGUACGUGAAUAAGUAAGUUUUUGCCAAAUUUGUAUUUGAAUUUCUAUACCGCAGGAACGGAUUUGUAAAAUACGAAAUAUUUCAGAAAGCCUGUUAUUUAAUAUGUUUUUAGUUCCAAAGAAUUAACGCACUAGUGUAGCUAGGAUUCAUUUCAUAAUUAUUAGCUAUCUGACAGGAAUUAAUUUGUAGACUAAUUAUAAUUGGUGUGAAUAUAGACAAAGCUGAAAUACUAAUAAAGAAAACAUAUUUUUGCUGUCUUA